AUGUUCACUUCCCUGGCACUGGUAUUUGCACUCCUCUCUUUAGCAAGAUGCAUCCCCAUGCAGCAGGUAUCUGCCCGCAGCAAAGUUCUCCUGGUGUCCUUUGAUGGCUUCCGGUGGAACUACGACCAGGACGUGGACACCCCCAACCUGGAUGCUAUGGCUGCUGAGGGGGUGAAGGCACGGCACAUGACUCCUGCCUUCGUCACCCUCACCAGCCCCUGCCACUUCACGCUGCUGACCGGGCGAUACCUGGAGAACCACGGGGUGAUUCACAACAUGUGGUUCGACACCAAGACAGGGGUGAAGCUGCCCUACUACACCACGCAAGGCGUGAACAGCUGGUGGGACAACGGCAGCCUGCCCAUCUGGAUCACCGCCCAGAGACAGGGUUUAAAGACAGGCUCGAUCCACUUCCCUGGAGGAAAAGCAAAAUACCAAGGGGAAGAAGUGAACAUGAAGCUGGUGGAGCCCCCCAUAUUCAACUACAGCAAUGAAACCAACUGGAGACAGAACAUUGACACUGUCAUGAAAUGGUUCACGGUGAACAACCUUGACUUCAUCGCCCUCUACUUUGGGGAGCCAGACUCAGCAGGACACAAGUUCGGCCCUGAAUCCAUACAGAGGAAAAACAUGAUCAAGCAGGUGGACAGAACUGUCGGUUACUUGAGGCAGCGGAUCCAGGACAGUGGCUUGGAAUCAAACCUCAACCUCAUAAUCACGUCUGACCAUGGCAUGGAGACCGUCAUAAAGACCAAUGAGAUUCACAUCAAGGCAGUAGAGAACUUCACAUUCAAAGACAUACAGUUUGAACUCUUAGAUUAUGGACCAAAUGGCCUCCUGUUGCCAAAAGAAGGAAAACUAGAGCAUGUGUAUUCAGUCCUGAAAAACGCCCACCCAAAAUUACACGUGUACAAGAAAGCAGACUUCCCAAAGAGAUUCCACUAUGCCAACCAUUCCCGGAUCACCCCGCUCAUGCUGUACAGCGAUCCAGGAUACGUCAUCCACGGGAGAUACAAGGUCCAGUUCAAUAAGGGGGAACACGGCUUUGACAACGAGGCCACGAAUAUGAAAACCAUCUUCCGCGCCGUGGGGCCGGCCUUCAAGCAGGGGCUGGUGGUCGAACCCUUUGAAAGCGUCAAUGUCUACGCCCUGCUCUGCGAGCUGCUGGGCAUCAUCCCCGAGCCCCACGACGGCUCCCUGGAGGUCAUGAAGCCCAUGCUGCGUUCCAGCGCUCCUCUCCCUCCCGCCAAGAAGCUGCCGGUGAUGCUGGGAAUUGCUCUGCUUCUGGGAUGCUGGGGAGGAAUAUACUAA